AGCCACUUAUAAGUUUUUAAGACAAAUGAGUGUAGCAUGUACUCCUUUGUUCAAUACACAUAUGAUUUAAUUUACACGAGGAAUAAUUACCUUGUAGGCCAGCCUGCCUGUAACAGGCUUAGUGAUAUGAAAGCAUAUUUUGCUUUAAGAUUACUCAUCAGUGUGUUGUGAGUUACAACCUCCUUGUCAUCAUUUAAUCCACAGACUCUUGACAUGGGGAGUAAAAUGUCCUUCAGCAGAGGAAGCAGUGACCAAAAUACAGUUUCUGAAUUAACGUCUGUGCCAUCGCAUCCUCGUAAUUCCUUUCAUGUUUCUACGGACUGCAAACAGAUAGCUGAAGGCAAGAGAUGCGGUGAGGAAGACCUGGACUCCAGGUGGGGAGAGGAAAUGAAAGCGACAGACCUCACUGAACCUCCACCUGAAUCCCACUCCCGUAAAUCUGAUGGACCUGUUAAUGACAAAACCGUCGCCAAAACAAACUGGCAACAGAGUGAGCACGUACCGCCAGAUGUAGGGAUGGAAGCAAAGUCUCAAAUGACAUCAGCGAGUGUGUGCAGCUCUACGACAGACAGUCAUGGACAGCGUAUGGAAGCCCGCAGAAAACCUGGGCGCCCUCGAAAAAUAAAAAGUGUCUUGAGUAAAGACAAAAAAGAUACAAAUUCCGCUAGUUUUGAUGCAGUUCAACAUAAAGAAGUCAGCACUACAAUACCGUUGCCAACUUGCUUAAAAAACCACAUAAGUGAUGAUGUGCCUAACACCGUAAAUGGUCCCUUAAUCAAUAAUUUACCUCAUAAUGAGAAGUCUAGUCCUCACACUGUUUCUGAUGGGAAACCAGAAGAUUGUGUCCCUGUGUUUUCAAAAAGAAAAAGAGGACGACCAAAAAAAACUGAAAUAGCAGCUUUUAAAAACAUGGUUGCUAGGUCUGCUGCUGCCAGUGCCCAUGUUGCUCCUGCUCAUCCUAAUAAUUUCAGUGGUCCUGCACGAAGAUUGAGGAGCAGAGGAGAACACCACCCUUCAACACAAGAUGGAAAGGCCGAAUCCGAUGAUAAGGUUGACCCAAAGCAAACUGAAACUCCUACAGCAGCAAGUAAUUCAAGUUCUCAAGGUAUUAAAAGAAGAAGACCUAAGUUGCUGAUUGAUCAGCAAAUUCCAGCUAAAGUGUCCAAACAUGACAUUUCCCAGGAAGCCUUGUCAGUGUUGAGCAAUGACACGAGUUUUGGAGAGAAAGUAGAGGCAGAUAAGCAGGUGGAAUUGAGCACUGACAAACAGGAGGCGGACACAGGUGCAAAGGAAGGUCAACUCUCCCCACAGUCUGAUGAAGGACAAAAACAGCAGCCAGAACUCAAGGAAGAUGCACUACCACAAAGAAGACUGCGUUCCCAGCCAGUAGCUGAGCCUAAAGUUAUUCCUCCAGAGUGUACAAACAGUGCAGAUUUGGUAACCCCCACUCACAGUGACAACCCAAAAAAACUACAGUCAGUGGACAUGAGUGGCAGUCAGGAGUCGCAGUCACAGAAUACAGAGCCUGGUAGCACUGAUGUUGUAACGUCCUCUGAACAGCCACCCCAACCUGUUGAGAUGCUCUCUGCUGUUAAAGUGGAGAAUAUAGAGGUAGCACUGGAUCAGUUAAGCCAUAUGUCAAAGUCAGAUGGUCCUAUAUCUUUACAGCACAGUGCCAACACUCCAGUUAAAUCUGAGGGUCCAAACAAUCCGCAAAACACUUUCAGGCGCAAGAGAGGUGGCAAGAGAAGGAGGAGAAUAAGUAAUGUUUUGUUACAGAAAGAGCAUGAAGGCAGCAGUGAUACCCAACAAGAAACAGACUUUGGUGACACAAACAAGGAGGCAAAUUCAAAUGUCUUUUACACCAAAAAAGGGGGUAAAACUCUGUUGAAAUGUGGUUACUGUGGUCGCACAUUUAAAUUUCUGUCUCAGUUCAUUAUCCAUCAACGCAUUCAUACAGGAGAGAGGCCUUUUAAAUGCUCUGAAUGUGGCAAAGGUUUUAGCAAAAAUUCCAACUUAAAUCUUCAUCUCAAGACACAUAGAAAGAGCAACAUUUAUCAGAAAUGUCCAUAUUGCAAGAUCAAAUUUUCUUGCUCCGAGUAUGCUGAUCAUAUGAAGAUGCAUGCAUGUCAGCUCGACCAAGACGCUGACAUCAACAAACCAGAGAAACAGAGCAGAAGCAGUGACCGUGCCAAGAGUCAGGUAGUUCGCAGAUCAGUUUCUCCAGUGAAGAGAGAAAGUAAAGUGUGUCAGUACUGUGGUAAAACAUUCCCGUUUCAGUCUGCCCUCGUAAGACAUGUGCGUGUCCACACAGGGGAGAAGCCUUAUAAAUGUGAUAUAUGCGGCAAAGCCUUUGGUCAGGCAUAUUUCCUCCGUGUGCACGAGCUGACACACUGGUCUGUGAAGCGUUACAAUUGCACAGGUUGUGAGAAAUCGUUCACUCAUUAUAGCAAUGCAAAAAAUCAUACAUGUAGACCUUCGCGAAGCGGUGAUCAUUUACGGCCCAGCAGAGAGUCAGCAAAGCCUUCACUAACUUACACUUGCCACAUCUGCAAGAAUGUCAUUGACAAUUUGCAGGAGUUCAACAGUCACAUGAGAGCCCACACUGGUGCAAAGCUUUACCGCUGUUUGUAUUGUGACAAGCUUUUUGGUGUGCUGUCUGAAUUUAACGCCCAUCACAGCCAGUGCAGAGGAGAGAGAAAUGCCUCGAGCUCUACGAUCAAGGGGGAGGAGACGAUGUCAUUAAUACAGUACACAGUGCCUGCACUUAGAUGUUCAACAGGAAACAAUCCACCAUCCAUUGUCACAGCUGCAAAUAGUGAAACACAAAAAAAACAGUCUUCAGAGAUUCGUCGCAAGAAACGCCUAGCUAAUUUAAAGAAGCCGUUCCAGUCAACAGUCAUACCAGCUCACCAUCUCUCACAUUUCGUGUCCAAGUUAAACAAACUAGAUAACCGAUCAGAUCCCAGGAAAUAUUUAUGCCCAAGCUGUGGGCGGCUGUUUAGACACAUGGGCAGACUCCGAGCCCACAUGCUCACUCACGCUCGUGGUCAGAGUUACACUUGUGCCUGUUGUGGUAAGACCCUUGAGAACUGGAAAAAACUGUGGUACCAUCAGAGAGUCCAUCGACAGCAGCGUGGCCGCUUCAUGUGUCCUCAGUGCGGUGAAGGAUUUCGAUUUGUGGAGCUUUAUAAGAAACACAUGAGCCAGCACCCAGAGUUUCAGUGGAUUGAGUCGAGGCCCAAGAAAGUGUUCCUGCCUUAUCAAUGUGAGCUGUGCAGAAGCAGCUUUAAGACUCUAGAUUUGCUGUUCAAUCACCAGCUUUGUCAUUCCUCAUCACAAGACACACACAAGGACUCUGAUUUUGAUUUAUCAAUAGAUGAUCAAUGUACACAAUCUAACAAGAAAGUGUUUAGCCCUUCCACAAAUAAUUAUAUAACAACACUACAUCCCGAAACUGAAGAAAACAACUGCAUACCUGUUUCAUCUGUCCAAACUGGCAACUCUCCUCUGAGCCCCCCCUUAUCCAAAUAUCCAGACACAAUUACCCAGGAGUCCCUUUUGGUACCCAUGAUUUCCUUUGUCCAACAUCCGGGUCUUGAUUUGGGUAAAAAUGUUCAGCGUCCUCUGACCCAAGAUAAAGAAAUCAGUCUUGACAGAACAGAUGAAAAUGCACUUGAAAAAACGUCACUUUUGAGAACUGUGAAAAGACAUGAAUCCCAAAACCUUGGCGUAUCAAAUGAGGGAUCUUCAGAAGGUGUUAAGUGUGCUGUGUGUGGAACUACUUAUCCUGCCAUUUCAGACCUUUAUCAACAUUAUUUGCAGCAUGCCAGAGGACAGGUGUAAUAACCUAAAUGGAGAUAAUAUGUCUCUUUCAUAUGUACAAUCUCUUUACAUUGUUUAACACAGGGGUCUUCAAUUAGAAAAUAUAGAAACAUUGUCUGUUACUGGCCUGGAAAGGUUUUGGGAAAUAUCUAAAAAAAUAUCCAAUUAUAAUUAUCAGUUAUCAAAUUUUAAACAAAUACACUGAAUGUACAAAAUAAUAGGUCUACUUUCUGUUUUCAUGAUGAUCGUAGUUUAGGGAACUUCAUGUAGAAGCCAUUAACCUUUCUUUAGUUUUUAAACUUCAGUGUCUCAAUCAGAGCAGAGACGUAGAUGCUUUGUACAUUCAGUUUAUUAAUGCCUAACCAGGCACACAUUCUGUGGUGUCUUAAACAGAAUGUGUUAAGACAGAAUACACAAGAAAUGACCACUGAAACAUUUUGAGCUCUCAUUCAUGCCCAGCAUCCCAAUGGCAUGUUAAAUUUAAAACAGACGUGCAAUGCACAUCCAACCCAAUUUGGUUAUGGUUGCAGGACAUGGUUAGUGACUAAUCAGAGGGGUGGAGGUCAAAUUUUUAUAAACGUUUUGUUGCUGUAAAAGCAAACCUGGAAAUUAAGUUUUCUGAAUCAUUGCAGCAAGAAAUGGAAGGGUAUAUAGAUUAAUCGUAUUUUAUAACUUCUACUGUUUGUCCAUACAUUGUAUGGCCGUUUGGUGAAUAGUAGAUGUUUACUUUAACAAAUUUGAAACAUUGUCAUCCUGAUGCAUCCACUUACUGCAUGACCUCUGUGCAUUUAAUAUCAAACAUGUUCAUUUUAAAUCAUGUAGCUCUCCAUGUUGUUUAUUCAAAGCAGAUUCUUAUUCAAAAUGUUUCAGAGGAAGUGUUGUACUGUCCAAAACAUUGCUGAUUUAGAAGUUGCUUUAUUGUGACCUACAAUAGGUGCUUGGGUCAGCAUUUUGUAUUUGAAAUUUGAACAUAAAUAUCAGCUUUUGUCAUGCACGUGUUGGUUAUGUUGUGAACAUGUGUAAUAUUUACAUGCAAUGCUGAAUGUUGCAGAAAAUACACUGACAAACACACAUUCCACACCUGCAGUAUUAAGUUGGUUGUUGAUCGUAGUCAUUGUUCACUGCUUUAAAAAAACUACACUUUCUGUGCUUUGAUGUCAGGCCUUCUGUUUGAAUCAAAUGACAUUUCAGGAGAUGUUUCCCAGAUGGACACCCUGUUGUAUAUAAUUUUAUGUUAUAGUUUGUCUUAAAAACA